AUGACGUCUACUCUUGGGCUCAGUCUUCACAUUACCGUGCACAUCGAUCCCUCUAAUGUGCCCCGGUUCUUCGAACUAUUCAAUAUUGUGUAUGAAGCCGUGAUAGCCGAGCCCGAGUGUCGCUUCUUUGAAGUGUACCAGUCACCUACCGAGCCAGGUACCAUACGAUGGGUUGAAAACUGGGCUGUAUCGACUGAGUGGUUUGAAAAUGUACAAAUGACAAAGGAGUACUAUAAUGAAUACCUAGCUGAAACCAAGGCCAUGUACGUGAAGCCGAGUGAGUUCAAGUUCUUCAAUCGUCUUGGAGCUCCAUACUACAUGGUGAAGGACCUUGAAUGA